AUGGCGCAACUGCGCCACUACUGCGUUACUAAUUCCGCCACCUAUUCCGCCAACCAUUCCGCCACUCUUCCCCUCACCCACUUGGCUGAGGCGCGGAGGACUCCUUUCGCUCCCCCUCUCUUGCGCGCGCCUUCGCCAUUUCCCAAAGCCGCCAUAGCGCUCUGCGGAACCAGCGGCGUGAAAUGCGCUUCUGGAUUCGGCAGGGACGUGCGGGCGGCGGUGGGGGUGGAGAUUGGCUCGUCGGCGGCUCAGGAUGUGAUUGGAACGCUGGGGCUCGAUACACUCACGUUCCUGGUGGCCACCGUUAUUGUCAUCCCCUUCUUCCGCAGCUUCAAAGCCAGCCCGAUUCUCGGUUUCCUGCUCUCAGGCGUAGCUCUCAACCAGCUGGGGCUCAUCCGCAACAUCUCGGAUGUCAAAGCGCUCUCGGAACUCGGAAUCCUCUUCCUGCUCUUUGAGAUGGGGCUGGAGCUGUCUAUCGAGCGACUGAGGGCCCUUGCCAAGUUUGCCUUUGGCAUGGGCCUGCCGCAGGUGCUCCUCACCACGCUCGCCUUUGCAGCGUUUGAGCUCCCUCCCGACCAUGCCAUCGGCACCCGCAUGCUCGAGUGGGCUGCCUCUGCCCGCCCUGACCUGGUGAACAUCCGGUCAGUGGACGAGGCAAUAGUGAUCGGCGCUGCUCUCUCACUCUCCUCCUCCGCUUUUGUGCUUCAGCUGCUCUCAGAAAAGGGAGAGCUUGCCACCCGCGUGGGCUCAGCCACUCUUGGGAUUCUACUGCUGCAGGACAUAGCGGUGGUGCCUCUGUUGGUCAUCCUCCCUAUCCUUGAGAGCGGGGAUUUCACGGAUGACAGUCUAUUCCCCUUGUUGGCAGCAGCGGGGCUCAAGUCCCUGCUGGGCCUGGGCGUGCUGCUCUACAUGGGCCGGCUCUUUCUCAGAAGGUUCUUCGAGUUCGUGGCUGAGUCGCGCAGCACAGAGGCCUUUGUGGCGCUGUGUCUGCUCACGGUCACCGGAACUUCCUUGAUCACAAGCAAGCUCGGAUUCAGUGACUCGCUCGGAGCGUUCUUGGCAGGAGCGUUGCUGGCAGAGACCAACUACCGCACGCAGGUGAGUGAGUGA